AUGGAAAUAGACAACGAUAUUGAAGUAACGGUCAGAAAUAGAACCCCGCCUCCGAAGUCCAAACCAAAAACAGUCUUGUUAAUUAUAGAAAGAUUCCCGCAGGGACGUUUUCAUCCCGUGAUUCACCUGCUGAAAACUCGAUUGUUCGCAUUUUACGUCAAUCAGUUGCGUGGUGUUUACGAGCACGUGCGGCGCGACGACGGCGCAGGAGCGUCAGCUGACGGCCAGGAAUAG